CUGGAACGACAGAAAAAAAUACGCGAUUUGGAAAUCAAGGCUUAUCGCACCGGUCAGAAGGUGGAACGUCGUGCUCCCUUUUACGCGUUGGCAAUGCGCAGAAUGGGAGACGCUAUUGCAAGUACAGAAAAGGACGCCGCAAUCCUUACCUCUAGCCUCCAUAAUCUGCUAGCCACGAUACCACAGACUAUUCCUCCAGCUCAAGAAGAAGAGAGAAGAUUAGCCAGGGACGAGACUCCAUCACAGAUUCCACUGCCGAGUAGAGAGCUAUACAACCAAAUCAACUCUGCAAAGUCAAGCCUCUCCUCGAUACAUGAAAUGCAAAGCAACAUGCAUGACAUUCUCAGAAAUCUCCAGCAGAAGCAGAUCUAUGAAAGGAGAGAGAGUGAGACUGCCCAACUUGCAUUGAAUGAGGCCCGUGCUGGGCGAAUGGAUACUUGGUAUUGGGAUGCAGGGAGAGUCAAACGCGAAGCAGAUGAAAGGGAGGACAAUACUUUUGAACUGGAGUUCAAUCGUAUGAAGAGCGAAAGAAAAGCCAAGUUUGACAACAGUAUUGGGCCGGCCGAUGUGAUCAUGAAAGAGUAUCGAGAGCGUGAAGGGAUUGCGCUUCGAAAGCUGGCCAGUGGGAUACGAGCUGAUGGAUCUGCAGUUACCAGUCCAGCAGAUUCGAUGGCAGCAUCUACAGAACUCACGCAACAGGCCAUAGUUCAGCAACAGCAAGCCAUAAUGCUAUCAAAUAUGAUGUGGGCCCAGCAUAUCGGCACCGUUAAU